AUGGAGACUCCGUCCUUCAUACGGGACUCCAUCAAACCCCUGCACUGGUGGAUGUCCUUGAAUUUGGAAGAUGCCAUAACCGCUCUCAGCUUGUUGGAAAUGGUCUCCGGAGAAUAUGUUGUCGCAGAUUCCAAUUCUUCCGGAGUUAACACCUCAUCUUCAGUGGUGGCUAGACGAGGAAAAUCUCUUGGCAGGAGUGCGCCUUCUUCCUCCGCAACCGUCUGUAUAUCUAAUGACGGACUCGAGCAACGAAGGACAAAGUGUCUCGUACGGAGUUACUCUGGGCAGAGAUCAAAUUUCAACGAAUGCGCUCCCGACCCGUGUAAAAACGGUGCCACGUGCACCAAUCUUCGGUAUGCUUACUCAUGCACGUGUAUAACUGGCUGGAAGGGAUAUAACUGUGACCAAGAUAUCACCGAAUGCGACCCAGCUCCGUGUGAGAACGGCGCAACGUGCACUAAUCUUCAGAACGCCUACUCUUGUGUAUGCUCACCGGGCUGGCAAGGCAACAACUGUGAUCAGGAUAUCAACGAAUGCGACCCAGCUCCGUGUGAGAACGGCGCAACGUGCACUAAUCUUCAGAACGCCUACUCUUGUGUAUGCUCACCGGGCUGGCAAGGCAACAACUGUGAUCAGGAUAUCAACGAAUGCGACCCAGCUCCGUGUAAGAACGGCGCAACGUGCAGUAAUCUUCAGAACGCCUACUCUUGUGUAUGCUCAUCGGGGUGGCAAGGCAACAACUGUGAUCAGGCCGGUGAAGAUAAAGAGCAAUCGUCGACAAAUAUAUGGAUUGCAACGACGUUGGCAUUAUGUCUGCUAAUAGUUGGCGUCACCACCACUGCUUGUUUGUGUAUCAGAAGGGAGAAAGAGAAGAGGGCCCAAAUAGCCGCUCAACUGAAUGAACUACAACCAUCGGAUAUUCCACUAGAAUUGAUUAACAGCAACAGUGGUAAUUUUGAUGUCUUUCCCAACGACAAUAAUGACGACAACACAGAUCAUUAUGAUGUGUUGCCCGAUGACAACAAUGACGACAACACCGAUCAUUAUGAUGUAUUGCCCGACGACGUCCAUGACGACUGUGUCGUUCCGUAUGCAGUCGUCCCUUUGGACAAUACAGAGCGUGAGGCGACACCAAUGUUCAGAUCUCUCCAGUCACAGAUAACAGAUGAUUAUCUGCACACUGGUUUGGGAGAAUCCAGCUACAUGAUCCCAGCAUCAUCGUAUGUAUUGGGCCGAAUAUGUGAGAGCGAAACUUCAGUUCAGACACAUUCUGCAGUGGUCGAAUAACUAGACAAUGCCGCCACAUUGGAGAUAAAGUACAAGGCGUCCGAAGAACUGAUAAAUGUUACUAAGGAAAUAACUAACUCAAGCGCCGAAAAAACUGUUUGAUUACGGUAAAAGUUAGGGCAAAUUUGAAGCGGAGAAAAAUAACACCGGCACCAAAUAGGAUAAAAAUGAUGAACGUGGGGAAACAAAUUUCACAGACUUUGAUUUUUUGGAGAAUGACACUCAAGGGGAGACAAACAAAGAAUCCGGAACCAAGGAGUACGUUUUCGUAUAAAAAGGGUACACAAAAAGACAUUUUUUUGAAUAGGAAUGCUUUCAUAUGGUUUUAACCUAUGCAGUCAAUUGUUAAAUUCCUCAAAGCAAAUUUAUUUGUUUCUGUUGCAAAUAUAAAUAUUUACCCCCAUUCACGAGCUUUGUCGAAAUAAACGACAUAUAAAUAAACCUCAUGAUUUCAGAAAUUCUUGGAUAUAAUUGUCAUGCACACAAUAACGACGUAUUGUUGUUUAUAAACAUAACGUCAAUUGUCAUGUAUGAUGUUCGUUCUUUGAUUCAUUGGUGUUUUAUUUUCUUAUUUUGUGGAUAUUGCUGUAUAAUAUUUUGAGAAUAGUGUACCAUAACAGAAUACUAGGUAUAAAUGUCGAAUACAGAUUCGUUUAUAUGCUCAGCACGUAUGCAUCUACCAAUAUUGCUCCGGGUAUUUUUGUAAGCAUCGCUAAACAAACUUAUGAGAACUGAUUUCCUUAAACGAGUUGAGGAACAUUAUUACGAGCAGUAAACGCACCUCUUUUUAGAAUCACCAGGACUUGUUUAAUACACUAUGAAGGGAGUCGACGAUCACCGGUUAAACCUGUGAAUGGCAUGCUCUUCAACAAAUGGACACACACUACUCCUUCAAAACAAGUUGAAUAACCUCAACAGUAAAUAAAGAAAGUUCAUUCAUUUGAUAAUGCAGUUGGAUAUUUUGACAACAAGCAUCAUGAUAUUUUCCGAUAACAAAAACAAUAAGAACGCUAUGAAAACCCAAAAUGUAAUCUUUAAAAUAUUCAAGAAGAACAACGCAUCUGAAUUGUGAUGAUCAUAUUUCACAAGUAUCAAAGUUAAUAAUUUGUUGAAAAUAUUAAUGUAUUUUGAACACAACAAUUUCAAAUGCAAUGUAUUAUUUCUAGUUUACACUGUAUUUAACCAUGUUCAUGUUUGAGGUUAAAAUGGAAUGUUUAAGUGUUAGUUUAAGAAAUAUAAUACUUUUUUAAAUUUCGUCUCAAGUUUAUUUCUGAUGUAAAGAUGUUUCGUUUACUUUUAUGUUUUGUAAUGAAAUACUUAAUGCUCAAGUAUGUUGCCAUCUUUACUUCUAAGGUUAACGAUGAAUUGUUUACUGUUAUUUUAUUCUAUAAUAUUAGUAUACUAUUCAUAUUAAAGUGUAUUAUAUUAUAACAAGAUAUGUUUAAAUGUUUUGACAUUGGCGUAUACAACAGUAACCUGUUACUUAAAAUGACCGCUUAUUAACGUUGUGUGAUUUAUAAAUUUUGUUAAACUACACGAAAUCAUUUCUAUGAAUGUAUAUAUAUAUACAAUAUCGGUUUUUACCAAAGAUAAUACAAAAUAAUUAAAACUGUAUUUAACCUAGCACAGUAGCACUGUACAAUUUAUGCUGUGUACAUAGAUUUUGCAAUAUGUAUACUGUCCGUCAGUAAGUUUCGGUGUCCACUCUCUAACUCAACAAGUUUUAUCUGAUCAUACUAUGGACUAAGAAAUUAAGAAUAUUUAAUUAUGAAAUUAAAGCUCCUUGUAUACUUGUCUUUUCUACAGAGCAUAUUUUGAAAGAGGUAUUAUAAUGAAACAAACUACAAAGGCAGAUUUCAUUUAGGGGAUGUGAAGUGAACAAUGCAUGCUGCUUUCCUAUUUUUUACAGUUAUUGUCCGUUGUUACUCUUUCUCCCUUGUGUGUAAAGUUAUUGCCUUAUAAUAUUUUUUACUUAAAAUUGAUCCGGAUAUUUACUCAAAAAGUCACGUCGUGUAAUGUAUGUAGCGGGAGGAUGUAAUGGUAUAGAGCGAGGACUUUCGUUCAAUUCGGAUAUAUUUAUUGUCUUAUUUUGUUAAACGAGCGUAGCAAUCGUGUCUCGAACAUAUGUGUGCGCAUAUCAAUAUUUGUUCGCUAUAUUACAUCGUUGAAACCGACAUUUUCAAUCUCAAGCUUACUAUUUGUUGUUGGUCUCAAAAACUUUUUAACGUUUUAUUUUUUUUUUCUAAAUAUCAUGUAAAAGCAUGAAGCACUGAAUGUUUUACUUCGUACAUUUGCUGAAUGUGUUCUUGCGCAUAUAUAUUACUAAAAUUGUGAUAAAAUGUUAGUUAAAAUAACAAUUAGCAUGUGAAACUCGUUAAAUGAAAACACGAUUUCAAUACGAAUUAGUUAAUGUCAUAAAAAAUAGUUUAAAUGACAUAUUUUUUAAUAGAUUUCAUACGUACUUUUGAUUAAAAUUACAUUAUAUUGUAUGUGAAAAUUGGCGUAAAUUUCGUAACGUAUCAGGGAAUUUAGAGACAACUUUGACAGCUCACAUGCUACAUGCACCUUUUACCCUUGGAAAGGAAUACAUCGAAUGUUCAACUACCAAUGCCCUAGUUGCAUAAUAGUCGCCAUAUAUUCCUUACACAAUUUGUCUAUUUAAAUGAUGUUUUUUUUUGCUUACAUGUGUUAGUUCCGCUACCAUUUCUUGGCGUUGUAUAUUGCUUUUACUAUUGAUUUUAUUCUAAUUUUCUAAUCAAUGAUAACUAUAUCUGAUUCAUUCUUGCUUAAAACAUCAGUGUUGUUCUUUCAAAGUAUGUUAUUUCAGUAAUUGUAAUGAGUAAAUUUAUUAUGAUUUUUUAAAAAUUUCCUUUCUAAAACAUAAGAAUUUUAUUGUAUAAAAAGCAGAUUUUCUGACUUAAGAUAUUUCACACGAUCUCUGCUUGAUUUUAUUAAAUUUCACAGAGAAGCGAAUAAAAAUAUUAUUCAUCUAAACAGUGGUCUUUUCUAGAUUAAUUCCGUGUGUAUCAUAAUAAUAAAAUGAUAUAAGUUGUUUUGUUCCUUAUUGGUAAGGAACGAAACAACUUAUAUCAUUUUAUGUUAAGCUAUUUAAUUUUCGAGAAUUUGAUUUGUAAUUACCAAAUCAUAAUUAGAUCAUAAUUAAUAAAAUAGUAUCGUACGUUAAGUAAAGAUUAUUUAUAUGACUGCAAAAAUGUUAUUAAAGGCGUGUUUUUUAAAACAGUAAAUGCUCUCAUUUAAACAUUUUUUGUAUCCAUAUCAAUAUAUUCACAGCAGAAAUGUAUACUUGUUAAAG